AGAGUAUAAACACAAUGAUGUUGUAGUAUAGCUCUCUCCUUCAGCUACACCAGAGGUAAUCAAUAAGGUCCAACACUAUAAUAACACAUCUCAGACUGUGUCCCAAACAUUACACAGCCAACCAAUCCAACCGGUUACAAGGUUCCUCCGUCCGAGAUAAUGCCACUUUUUCGCGUCACUUCCGGAAACUCGCCCAUUGCGUUUUAUCCACUUCUCAUUGGCCGCAGCGCGUUUUCAGGGCAAAUUCCCACGCCGUGACGCUAUUGGCUCCGGCAUCCGCCAGUCAGAGUGGGUGGCGCCGGUUCUCUCGGGCUGGCUGAGGGAGGGAAGGCGAGAAAACAAAAACAAUCGGUGCGGGGGCCGCCAUCUUGGGCCGGGGGGGGCAGCAAUCCGCGCUGCUGAAUGGGGAGAGAUGAGAUUAGCCCGGGAGGUGACGGACGCUCAGACACGUUGCACUGGAGCUGGCGGAGCGCGUAGCAAAGGCGGCCAGUUAUCGUCACAGAACGGGUCCUUGUCGAGGCACGAGUGAGGGAAAGAUCGACCGACUGGCCCUCUCAUUCCUUAGGCCUCCCUGUCAGACGCUUGUACCAACAUCCGGCGUCCCCGUGUGUUCGUAUCCCGUCUGGUGUUUGUAUUGGAUCCCGAGAAGCGAGGGGCUCGGCUUUAUCCCCUCAUUCCCGGCCAUGGGAACUUUUUGGGGACUCGGGUACCAGCUGGACUAAACCUUGCAUGCUCCUGGGGCACCACCACGGGCACAGCUGAGGUCCCAAAUCUCCCCCAUCCCACCCUUUCCUGAGGUCUCGCCCUCAAUUCAUCUUCCCAUGGACAAGUCCUGCUCUUCCACAGCCUGGUCCUGAAGGUUCCACUUGGAUAUCCACAUCCCCAUCCCAUGUUCCCUUUGGCAAAUACCCCUAAAGAUUUGUUAUGGACUGGUCCAACUUUGCUCUCUGGGAUAGAUCCUAAAGGCUCUUCAUGGACAUCAUACUCUCUGCUCUGGGAUAGAUCCUAAAGGUUUUUUUAUGGACUGGUCCAACUCUGCUCUCUAGGAUAGACAGCCUACGUUUCUUACUGGACUUCAUCUCUCUUAGGGUAGAUCCUAAAUCUUCUUACUGGACCUUCACUUUUCUCUCUGGGAUAUAUGCUAAGGUUUCUUCAUGGACAUAAACCGCUUUCUCUGGGGUGGAUCCUAAACAAACAUAUUUAGUAUUCUCUGGAAGCUAAAGGUUAUUGGACAUAUACAUCUCUCUGGGGAACAUCCUAAAUAUUUUUAAUGGACAUAUAUAUAGAUAUAAAUUUCUCUGGGAUACAUCCUAAAAGGUUGCCGUUGAAAUUAACUGUUUAGAUCCCUCCACAAACUUACUGGUUUAAAUGUGAUUCAUCCUAUAGGGAUUCUUCCUUUAUUAUAAUAUAGUUUUUCUCUGGGAUAGACCGUAAAGGCUUUCCAUGGAUAUGUAUACGUAAAUUGCUUUAUCUGGAAUACAUACUAGAAGCUGUCGAUGGGCAUAAACUGCUUUCUCUUGGAUUGCAUCUUAAAGAGCUAGGUCAUAAAAGGCUUUGUCACUGGAUUGUUAGUAAAAAGGAACGCAACUGAAAAGGGAAAAAAAAUCAUGGGAGCUGCUACCAAGCUGGCCUUUGCAGUCUUUCUUAUCUUCUGUUCCUCAGGUAUGCCUUGCCGCCCUUGGUGGGCACAAUGUAGCAAUUAUUUUGGACCCUACUGAACUGUGCAAAUGAUAUGAAAGAGAAGGAAGGAGCGAUCCUCGGAAGGUUGGAAACCAAAGAAUGCAUCUACUACAAUGCCAACUGGGAGAAGGACAAGACAAAUUCCAAUGGCACAGAGCCCUGCUAUGGAGAUAAUGAUAAAAGGAAACACUGCUUUGCAACGUGGAAGAACGCCUCGGGCUCCAUAGAAAUCGUUAAGCAAGGCUGCUGGUUGGACGACGUCAACUGCUACAACAAGAAUGAGUGCAUAGAGAAAAAGGAGAGUCCCGAUGUGUUUUUCUGUUGCUGUGAAGGAAACGCUUGCAAUGAAAGGUUCUACCAUUCGCCAGAGAUGGAGGUCACACAGCCCACCUCAAAUCCCGUACCUAAGCCGCCUUUAUUCAACACUCUGCUGUACUCACUGGUGCCUAUCAUAGUGGUUGCAGUAAUUGUUCUCUUCUUGUUUUGGAUGUACCGACAUCACAAGCUCGGCUACCCCCCAGAGCUGGUUCCAACACAGCACGCCUUUCACAUUAUGAUAGAGGACCCAGGCCCCCCUCCUCCGUCUCCUCUGCUGGGAUUAAAGCCGUUGCAGCUACUGGAGGUGAAAGCCAGAGGGAGGUUCGGCUGUGUGUGGAAAGCCCAGUUAUUAAAUGAAACCGUAGCGGUCAAAAUAUUCCCUAUACAGGAUAAACUGUCUUGGCAAAAUGAGUAUGAAAUCUACAGCCUCCCUGGAAUGAAGCACGAGAAUAUCCUGCAUUUCAUUGGCGCAGAAAAACGUGGCACAAACCUCGACACAGAUCUGUGGUUAAUUACUACUUUCCACGAAAAGGGCUCCCUCACAGACUUUCUGAAAGCCAACAUAGUGUCUUGGAAUGAGCUUUGCCAUAUUGCUGAGACAAUGGCCAGAGGCUUAUCUUACCUCCACGAAGAUAUCCCAGGACUGAGAGAUGGACACAAACCUGCGGUAGCACAUAGGGAUAUCAAAAGCAAAAAUGUGCUACUUAAAAACAAUCUGACGGCCUGCAUAGCAGAUUUUGGCCUCGCCUUAAAGUUCGAAGCUGGGAAAUCUGCAGGGGACACUCAUGGCCAGGUUGGAACCCGCAGGUACAUGGCCCCAGAGGUGUUAGAAGGUGCUAUAAAUUUCCAGAGAGAUGCCUUUUUAAGGAUAGACAUGUAUGCAUUUGGUUUAGUACUUUGGGAACUGGCAUCGAGGUGCACUGCUGCAGAUGGUCCAGUCGAUGAGUAUAUGUUACCUUUUGAAGAAGAAGCUGGGCAGCACCCAUCUCUGGAAGACAUGCAAGAAGUGGUAGUGCACAAAAAGAAAAGACCCAUUUUAAGGGAGUGCUGGCAGAAACACGCUGGAAUGGCGAUGCUCUGCGAAACGAUUGAGGAGUGCUGGGAUCAUGACGCAGAAGCCAGGUUAUCAGCCGGCUGCGUAGAAGAGCGAAUCAUUCAAAUGCAAAAACUCACAAACAUUAUCACAACUGAGGACAUUGUAACAGUAGUCACAAUGGUGACAAACGUUGACUUUCCACCCAAGGAAUCAAGCCUAUGAUAACCAAACCAACUGGACUCUGGUGCAGAGCUGCUAAGCUAAGGGGAACUUCUGCCUAAAAAAUAAAUAUAUAUAUAUAUAUAUAUAUAUAUACGGCGAAAGUCCAUGUGAAUCAAGGUGGGUUGCUCUUUUGUAAAUGGUCCCGUUUGGACAACCCCCGCCUCUUACAACUCAGAGACUAGUUUCAUUCCACGCAAACACCCAAAGGACUCGACCUGCCGUGGUUUUUAUUGGACGAUAAAUCAAUUAAGGAAUGAAAGAAAACAAUGAAGAAACACGAACAUUUCUCUAAUAAACGGACAUCUGUUUUUUUUUUGUUAAACGCGCCAGAAAAGACUAAUAUUACGUGAACUACUGCUACUUAUUUUUUUUUUUUUAAUCAAAGCAUUUCAUUUGAGAUUUAAAGGGUAACUGUUUUUAUUGCAUUUGCCGUUGUGUUUCUCUCAAUGACUAUUGUACCGUCAUCACGACACAGCUUGUGAAUGUUCCGUGUGCUGCUGUUCUGUGUAUAUAAACCCUAAAGUAAUCAACGUGGGAUAUAUAAAAGAGGCUUCCAAGCAGACUUUAACCUCCCUCAACAAGGUAUACCUCAGUUCCACCUUCUGACAAAAUUUAAUCAUACUGCAGAAAACACUAAGAAGUUUAGAAGAAUCCACCCCCGCUUUAUUCUUAAUGGCGUUUUGCCAAAAUUCAUUUAUUUGGUUUUUAAAGGGUAAGCUAUGCCGAAACCAGUGGUGGAGUUGGUAGUGCAUUAAGCCUGCUGCUGCUGUGUGCUCUGCAAUCCGGUGUGUUGGUGAUGUAUUCUACACCCCCCCCCCCUCAGGUAUAGGGGAACUGAAUACAUAACAGCUGUUUCAGAUUCAGCCUUAUUUAUUACCAGAUACCUUCCCGCAGACUUUUGGUGACGAUUAUGACCCAAUUUGUAGUUGUCUAAUCCAAUAAACCUAAUGAUCAGCACAGCAAGGCAGUACAGGGAGGUUGCCCCUAGAUGAUGUGAUAAUCACAAAGAAACAACUUGUUGUACCGGUCAUUUGUUUAUUGGAUUAGCACUGGUCCCCUCCAACUGAGCACUGGACUCUAUAGACUGUGGUUGUUCACAGGGCAUCCAUCUUAUAAAUGUGUCUGUUCCAAUAAUAUGCAAGCCUCUGUUCUUUCUACUGGAGUCGUGUGUGGAGGGGGUCAGGAUGCAAGUGAUCCCAGUGAUCACAUAUUUUACAGGUUUUUUGUUUUUUUGCAGGAAUCCUUUCCAGGUUUCAUACUAACUGAGGCAGAGAUUUUUUUUGGGAGGAGCUAGGAAUAAAGUCAUGGGCAACUAUAGGACAACUGUAUGUAUUUACUAAAACAUUGAACAAUUGUUACAGUAUGUAAUAUGUUCUUUAAACGUGCGUCAACAGUGAUCCCUGUGAUGGUUUGGUUCCAGGGCAAAUACCUUUUCUGUCCUAAUCUAUAAUGGCCCCAGUGUGUGGUGGUUUCUCUAUACCCAAGAAUAAUGAACCCCCAGUAUGUUGGCUUGCAAGCCCCCCAUGCAUGCAUGUUCAGGUGUAGUUAUUAACAGCAGACGGGUGACACAUUUUAUUUCCCUGAAUUGAAGGAAUAUUACUCAUCAUUACUAUGUGUGGGGGUGGGUGGAUUUUAUUUUGGUUGAUUGAGCCGCUAAAUUCGUACCUGGAUCCACAGAGAGAUCUGUAUGCCCAAAGCUUGUUUCUCAAGUUAGGAUUGGAUAUCCAAUCCAAGUUGGAUGUUCAAUGGCACCAUUAGUAUAUUUCCCAGCAUCCUCCAAUUUAAAUAUUGGAACAUAUUAGGCCAUGCCUUGGAUUCAUUGACACCCCAGCCUAGUCUGUUUAUAACCCCGCCCAUGGAGGGCUGUCCUUCCAUAACAGGGAGGAGUCGGGAGGUAUAAUCUCUGGAAAUGGGGUCAUGGAGUCAAUAGAAGAGUGUGGCCUCCUCAAACCAUAAGUAUAAUAAAUUCAACCGGCACUCAAGGAGGGACAAACUUGCUGAAUUUAUUUGCAAGGUGCAACGUUUUGGGGUAAAUCCCUUUGUCAAGCAUUUUACCCCAAAACGUUGCACCUUGUAAAUAAACUCAGCAAGGGUUUGUCCCUGCUUGCUUUUUGACCUGAGUGCCGGUUGAAUUUAUUAUACUUACGAUUUUUGGAGGAUACCGAAGCCUUCUUCACCGGGCUUUCACGACACGGAGAGCCAGGGUGUGCAAGCUGGUAACAAUAUACUAGCCUCCUCAAACCAAACAUGGGGCAUAGGAAUUUUAGCUCUCUGGAAGAAUAAAACCACUUUUAUUUUAGGAAACAAUUCAGAUUUAUACCCCCCAUGUCGUUACAGCUUUUCUUUUUUUUGUUAUACCGCCGACCCCUCCAAUUAUUAAAUUGCCGUUGUUUUACUAAAGUACUAUAUAGGUUUGCUGUGUCUGAGAAGUAACUGAAAUUAUACGCAUGUUCUCUUUUUUUUUUUUUAAUUUUAUUUUUUAUAAAGAUUUCUGUAUUUUGUGAGCGCUAACACUGGAACUCUCAGUUCAUAUAGUGAAUAUUUAUAUAUGUGUCGCUUAAGCUCUAUGGACAGGACGUGUCACCAUUACAGGGUCACCUCAGGAAAUGUCAUUACCCACAAUUCCUCACUACACGUUGAGAGUAACCACCGCAGGGCUACUCUUGUCUGCACAACAUUCGCUAUCUGUGACUUACUUGGCUUUGCAUUUGGCAAACUUACAGAUUUCAGAUGUUGCCGUUAAUCAGGGAGAAUUAGUAAAAAAAAAAUGUAUUACCCUCAAAUAUGCAAUUCCUAUUUAGAGGUGUAACCAACUGUUAGCGUGGGUUAACGAAAGAUGUGAGAAAAAUAAAUGAACUGCUUUUACAAAUGGA